AUGCCUAAUACAUUAGGUUUAGCUAUUGGUUCUCUUUUCCCAUCAUUGAUUGUCACAGAUGGUUCUUCAUCUAAUGAAUUUUUUAUUCUUUUAAUGGUCGAAGCUUGGUUUACUGGAUUAACAACAUUAUUAAUUAUUUUUAUACUUCGAUCAGAAUCACCAUCACCACCUUCACCUUCAGAAGAACAUCAUCUACCAAUUACUAUCAAAAAAGAUCUUCGUAGUCUACUUACUAAUCGUCAUUAUUUAAUUCUUCGAUUUGGUUUUUCUCUUGGUUUAGCUCUUUUCAAUGCAGUAACAACAUUAAUCUAUGAAUUAAUUCAACCAAAUGGAUAUUCAAGCAAUGAUGCAGGAAUAUUUAGUGCAAUAAUUAUCAUUGCUGGUCUCCUUAAUGCUUUUGUAGUAGGUAUCGUCAUAGAUCGAACACAUGCUUAUCGUCUUAUAUUGAAAAUUUUAUUAGUAGGUGCUUGUUUAUUAGGUAUCUAUUUUAUUUUGUUUCUUCAACCAAAUAAACUCUAUCCAUUGGUUGUUUCGUUUAAAUGUGCUGUUGAGUGUACAUAUCCGAUUCGUGUUGAAUGGUCAACUGGUUUACUAAUGUGUACUGACAAUGUUCUUAGUGAUAUAUUUACCUUUGUUCUCGGCGAUCUUAUUAAAUUAACUCCUCUUUCAAACUCUGGUAUUAUCAUUACACCUGCUUCUAUAUUUAUUCUUUGUUGUUGUGUGAUUGGUACUCUGGUAUUAUUGAUUUAUAAAGGAUCCUAUUUACGACUUGAAGCUGAACGUCAAGUUGCCACUACAUCUUCUAUUGAACUUAAUUUUUAA